AUAUAUAUAUAUGGGGUGUAGAACAAGAGCUUUUCACACCAAAGCUUAGCCAACAAGGUUUAAUCAGUAUUAUAGAUUGUUCAUCCAGUGAUCUAAGCUUAUGAGCUUAAGCUAUAAAAAUGGUGAAAAGAUCGUUGGGCUUUUUCUUUCUUCUCCUCAUUGUCUUAGCCUCCCAAUGGGGGGUGCAGCCAACUGAGGCAAGGGUUUGCCAGUCACAGAGCCAUAAGUUCCACGGUGCAUGUUUGAGUAGCCACAACUGUGCGAUGGUGUGCAGGAACGAAGGUUUCUCCGGCGGCAGAUGUCGAGGAUUCCGUCGCCGCUGCUUCUGCACUAAGCUUUGCUAAUGCAAGCUUGCCCUUAGCUCAUAUUUUAAGGAUCAUUUCAUGAGUAAAAGACCUUUAUGUUUUUCGUGCAUGCAUGUCAAUGUUUCAAUAAGGUAUCUCCUAAUUACUUCUGUUUUGGGAGAUCAUUUUCGUCUCUUUUUCAUGCCUUUAAGGGGGUUCUCUUUGUGUUCUUUGCUGUACUCGAACUGCAUUUGCAGCUACUUUUUCAUCUAUGAGCUCCACCAAAAUCUGUUUAUCA